AUGGAUGGAAUUUCAAGAUAUUUUAGACACUUUGUUGCUGGUAUGACAUUCAUUGGAUCUAUCCAAUGUAAUCUUUUAUAUCUUUCAGAUUAUCCAGACGGAUCAAGGGAAUACGUCCCAAAUCCAUCUGAUUAUGGGAUUUUAGACUACAAAGAUGAAGUUUUGCCCACACAAGAUAAAGUAAAAAUACGAAUUUAUGUUUUACAACAAGUUAAUGAACAUAAAGCUCGUAGGCAGCCUACUAUGUUAAUGUUUCAUGGCAAUGCAGGAAACCUUGGUCAUUGUAUACCGAUUGCUGAAAGAUUUUAUAAUGAUUUCAAAUGUAAUGUUGUGAUGUUAUCUUAUAGAGGGUAUGGUCAUAGUGAAGGUUCCCCAACAGAGAAGGGUCUUAAAAUAGAUGCUCAGACAGCGUUAAAUUAUAUUUGUAAUCACCCUGUAUUAAAACAUACAAAAAUUGUUUUAUACGGCCAGUCGCUUGGAGGUGCCGUGGCAAUUGAUCUAUUGGCUGGUAUAAUAGUUGAAAAUACUUUUUUGAGUAUCCCAAAAUUAAUACCUCAUGUAGUUCCUCAACUUCGUCAUUUAUCAUUUUUAUGUACGCAAAAAUGGGAAUCUGAAAAAGCUAUAAAACAUCUAAAAAACAUUCCAAUUUUAUUUCUUUCUGGAACUGAAGAUGAACUUAUUCCAAAAGAACACAUGAAGAAGUUGUAUGAUUCUGUAGAAGGAAAUAGAAAAGAGCUUCGGGAGUUUCCGCAUGGUAAGCAUGGUGAUACUGUCGCUCAGCCGGGUUAUUUUGAUGCUAUUUGGGAAUUCUUGCUGAAAGAGAGACUUCUUGAAUGA